AUGGAAGACGAAGCAGGAGAGCCCAAGGCACGCAAAGCCUGCAUCAACUGUCGCAGGCAAAAGAUGAAGUGCAGGAUCGACUCGGGCAGCACGUGCCGCCGCUGUGAGCGCGCCGGGCUUCCCUGCAUCUUUGUGCCCAGGGCGAAUGCCUCUGCGGUCAUGGUGCCGGCCUCGAUGCCGCUGGCCGAGAUGGCCUCGUACGACGUGACGCGCGAUAUUUUACGGCGCGUCAAGGUGAUUGAGGACCACCUCGGGCUUGCUGGCGCGGAGAGGGCCGACGAGCUCAGCGCGAAACCACUGCUGGCCACGCCGACGAGUCAGGAUGCGCCCGUCCAGCCGGACAGCUCGGGCGAGGGCCAGCUCCAGCGACUGUGGGAUGCGGUGGCGAGUCUCGAGCGGUGCACGACUGGGCCUCGCGACGCGGUGCUUUGGAAUCAGAAUAUCAUACGGUACCUGUGGCAGACAUUUCAUGACAAGAUGCCUGGGCUUCAUUUCCUGCCCGACAAGCAAAUCUUUUCAGCACCGCAACCCCUGCUGCUGGCAUCCAUGCUCUACUGCUCGAGCAUCCGAGGAUCUGCUGAGCAUGCAGCGCUCGCGCCAGGCUACUUUAAAGUGCUGAGUUGCGCCAUUUCGCAACUGAGCAUACCAGGCAGCGAGCUCGCCAUCCCGUUUGGCAAUCCUGCCACUUCCGAGACCAUUGCCUUUCACUCCGUGCUCGGCCUGGUGCUCGCGAGCCUGCUCAACGAAGCCAAAGUGCGCGAAACCGGGCUCUGGAUAUCCACCGCCUACAACUUGAUCCUCGAGCACUGCCCGUCGCAGAUUGACGAAGACGUCUUUGACUGGCCCAAGAUUCUCAAGGGCGUGCAGAUUGUCGACUUGGAGCACGCAUCGUUGCAUCUGACGUGUCCCGUGGUGCCUAUCGAACCGCCCUUUGCGGCGCUGCAGAUUCCGCACCACGAUCCUCUCUAUCGGCUGUCGCGGAUGAUGCACACGGGUCUGUCGCGGUUCUGCGGCCGCGGCCUGCCCACCAUCUGGUCGUGCAUCACGCGCAACACCAGCACGAGCGCACCCCCGUGCAUCCCCUUUACGCCGAUUGAUGCCGCAGUCAUCAGAGACUGGGCGCGAAAUCUGGACGACUGGCUCGUCGAGUUUGCCAAGACUGGGAAUAUCACUGAUGAGCAGCGUACGCCCGUCUUUCGCCAACACGCGCUGCACCGCCUCGUGGUGCUCUCCAUCUACCACCCAGCUCGUGGCUGUAACCUGCAGUCGAAUAGCAUCACGUUGCAUGAACAGCACGAGCUGCUAGUCUCUGCCAGGGCGACGCUGAAGCUUCACCUCAACGACAAGUCAAUAUGGUCCAACUGGGAUCUAGUCAUGAUUACCUGGGCAGCCCUCAUCGUUUUGCAAGGCGUGGAAGCCGGUGCAGGAGAGCAGGAUGAUUUUCAAAACAUACGCAUACACAUGGAGUUAUUGCGCGAUACAAACGAGCCGAAGCCCUGCUUGCGCGAAAAGCUGGCCGCACGACUUGAGCAGCAGCUGGAUUCUCUUCGUACACCGAGUCCUUCUACGGCGACCCAAGUUCCACUAGACAUGGGCCAAGGCUUGGACUAUUCGUGGCAAUUGUUUGAUCCGGCAAUUAUUGAGCAGGUUAUGGAUCCUUUUUGGAUGCGUUGA